AUGUCUCUUGCAUCAUCAAGGGCCAGGGUGACCCUAUCGCGACACCACAAUUCUUAUGCUGGAGCGCUUUCGAGAACUUUGAGUACGCAAGCGUCCUUGCGGCGGUCCUACCUCUAUGUUCCCUCCUCCUCGGAACGUAUGCUUGAAAAGUCCGUCACCUCUGGCUCGGAUGUCGUCAUCUACGACCUGGAAGAUAGCGUCUCACCUUUACCGGAAGACAAGGCAGCGGCCAGAAGCCGACUAAGGGCAUUUCUUCAAGGUGAAAUGCACCGCCUUUAUCCAUUGAACGUCGCUGCUCGAGUGAACAGCAUCUCGACUCCCUACUUUCACGAGGACAUCUGCCAAAUUGUCUCCCAACCGGUCGUGCGGACAGUUAUUCUUCCCAAGAUUCACUCCGCUGCGGAUAUAGACGUGGUCUCUGAUGCAAUAUCUGGGUCGCGUCCGGCGGAUGCGCCAGUAAUGGAAAUUAUACCCAGCAUCGAAAGUGCUAAGGGGAUGUGGAAUUUGGGUGCUAUUGCUGCGUGGAAAUCGAGCCAUGGUGGUCCUGGAGGGAACCUCGGUGCACUCCUUUUCGCUGCUGAAGAUUAUUGUGCGGACACGUCGAUAAUCCGGACAAGUUCUCGACGUGAACUUCUGUUCACCCGGUCACAGAUAGUCAUUGCAGCCAAAGCUUUCGGGCUUGAUGCAAUUGAUAUGGUCUGCAUCAACUACAGAAACACUGAUGUCCUCAAAGACGAAUGUCAAGAGGGACGUCAGUUUGGCUUUACUGGAAAGCAAGCAAUACAUCCUAACCAGGUCGAGUUGAUAAACAAAACAUUCGUGCCUACGCAAGACGAAAUCGCUCUCGCAGCCAGAAUUUUGAGUGCUAUGCACAAUGCUCAUGCAUCUAAGAAAGGCGCUGUAGGAUUAGAUGGAAAAAUGAUCGACGCACCUAUGAUCAGACAAGCAGAAAGGGUCAUGCAGGUUGCGAAAUAUGCGGGUCUUGACAUCCCGUCGCUGUAG